ACCAUUACUCACAAUCAGCGAUACUAUCAAAGCAGGUGCAAACAUUAUACAUACAAUGCGCACGAUGGUACAUCAGCUCAAAAUCCUACCGGCCACAGUUCUAUUGCAUGAAAUUCCUUCACUCUUGUCUCAUUUUCAAUCAGGACGAGAUGUCUGACGGUGAGAUGUCAAAUGGGAGAAAACAUACCGUGGAAGUGUUCACUAUUUCGUAUUCGCCUCCAGCUGAGUCCUCCGUCAUUGUGGACGAACCGAAUGAAUCGACGACGCCGUGUGACUUUGAGGAUGCCGUUAAAGCGACUGGAUACGGCCUGUACAACUACUUGCUUCUACUGGCCGUUCUUCCGGGAGGAUGGGCGAGCUUCUUUGACGUUACGACAAUGUCUUACGUGCUUCCAUCGGCCGAAUGUGACCUUCAGCUGACGCUGUUUCACAAGGGAGUCCUCAACGCGGUGACAUACGCCGGCAUGAUGACAUCGGCGUUCUUCUGGGGUUUCUUGGCUGACACGAUGGGGCGACGUUCUCUGCUAAUGGUCGGUUAUUUGGCCGAUUCUGUUUGCAAUAUUCUGAGUAGUACUUCGCAGAGUUUCCAAGUUUUACUUAUCUUCAAAUUCCUGAGCGGAAUCAUAAUAAGUGGUCCUUUUUCAAUCAACAUGACGUACCUGGCAGAAUUUCACGGCGUUAAGUGCAGGACUAAAGCGCUAAUGUGGCUCAGCAUGUUUCCCUCCAUGGCCAGCGUGGCACUUCCAGGCUUGGCGUGGAUAGUAAUUCCUCAGUCGUGGUCAUUCUCCCUCUUCGAUGGGACCAUCGUCUACAACUCCUGGCGAAUUUUCAUCUUGAUCUGCAGCGUGCCCGCAAUGCUGGCGUUCUUGACGCUACUCUACUUUCCGGAAAGUCCCAAGUUCCUAAUGUCCCAAGGCAAAAACGACGAGGCGAUGAAGGUUUUCCGAAGAAUGUACGCGAUAAACACUGGAAAACCGCCGGAGUCAUUUCCCGUGAAGGAACUCUGUCAGGAACGUCAGAAGAGCCAAACCGAAAGUUCGGAUGAGCCAAGACGCGCCUCGGUCUGGGAGAAAGCUCGGAGUGGUUGGGCUCAGAUAAGGCCCCUCUUUCUAAAGCCGCAUCUCGCCCGGUUUCUCCUAAUUGUCGCCAUCCAGCUCGGAUGUAUGCUCAGCAUGAACACUCUCCGGCUCUGGAUGCCUCAGCUUUUCACAAUGAUGGAAAACUUUGAUUACGAGAAUCGCGAUGCCAGCUUGGGCGCUCCCGUUUUGUGCGACAUCAUACUGGCUUCGAACCCUUCAACUGUGACACGAGAUGAUGCGUACCUUAACUCUACGGUUUCGAGUACUUGCGUCGUGGCACCCGUUCAGAGCAGAGUUUACAUUAACUCGAUGAUCAUCGCAUGCACCUCUAUCAUAGGCUACAUGCUUGCCGGAAAUCUGGUCAAUUUAGUCGGCAAGAAAAACCUCUUGUUUAUGGCCUACGCGGUUCCAGCAAUGUGCAGCUUUGGGCUGAAUUGGUCACCGAAUUCAGACGUCACCUUGGCCAUUGUGUCCAUAUUUAUGGCUCUAGCCAGUCUAUCUAUCAACAUCAUCAUUAGUUUUAUCAUUGACUUGAUGCCCACGUCGCUCAGAACGAUGGCCGUCAGUUUGACAAUGUGCGUCGGUCGCUGCGGUGCGAUGAUUGGGAAUCUAUUAUUCCCGAUUCUUUUGAACGUUAGCUGCAUCGUUCCCUUCAUGUUUAUCGGGUGUUUUUUACUGGUCAGCUUAGUAUUGACCAUUUUCAUUCCAAAGCCGCCACCGAAAUUGGUUUAACAGUUGUUAAGAAUUUCUGUAACAGAUAAAUAUCGAUGGACAAUGUGAGCAAUGAUCUCUACUGUGAUAAACUGGAAGUGUAUUUGCAGACUGUGCAUAGGAAAAUAUUGUAUAUAGACGUGCGUAUAACGCGCUAUCUGAUCAGCUCGACAAUUGAAUUUAUGCUAAUUCCAACUAAAUAAAUUAAUUCCAAACAA